UUUAUCUAAUUAUCGAGUGCCGCCAUGAUUCUCUCUAUAUAUAAAGCUAACCACAAGCUUGAUCACCAUUUUUAGAGAAACAACAACAACAUAGGAUUGGAGAAGCAAGAUCGCACAAAUUCCGACAUUGUCUUUUGUUUCAAUUUAGGGCAUAUUCUGUUCUGAGCAUUGGGGCAUCUUCCAAAAAUUCUUCUCAAUCUGAUCCAUUUCUUCCUCAGGUUUUCCGUCAAUUCCUUGCUCACACACUCUCCCCAUCAAAAAUUUCUCUCCUGGUCCUGGAUCUUCGUUUGUUUGACUUAGGUUUACCAAGUUCUGUUUUUUAUUUUCAAAUUCACUAUUAUACUCAAGACAUUCUCGUUCAGAUUUUUUUUGUUGGUUGAGGAUGUUUUUCGAUGACCCUUUUGUUACCACAUGAUAAUUUCUGAUCAAAGUUUGAUCCUUGAUGCACCAUUGAAUUGUUCUGAUCAGUUUGAUUCUCAGACUGGAAUAAAUGUCUUUGCUUUUUUGAACAGAGUUAAAAUUUCACAUGCUGCAAAAUUUUCAUGGUUUUGAGGCAAUGAUCCUGUGUGCUUUUUGAUUCAGCAGUUUUUGCAUCACCAAUCUUGUUCCCAUGGCUCAUUUGAUAACCUAUGAUCCUAGUACCCAUUUCAGCAAGGCUUUUUCCAAGUACCCUUCUCUUUCUUCUUCUGAGGUUAGAAGAGGCAUUAGGUUCACUCUUAGAGGCUGCUAUGAUGCUAGUGGCAGUGUUAAUGGUAAUAGGGUCUUUCUGAAGAAGGAAAAUACAAAGGGUUUUUCAUAUCUUCCUCGGCCCCCCUUGUUAGGUGGUUUAGAGAAGGGUACUUCUGUUAGAGAUGAUGGCCGUGAUGCUAAUCAUGUUAAUGUUGAACAUGGAUCUCCGGGUGGAAAUCCUGCUAUACCCUUUUGUUUCCCUGAUCAACAUGCUUCUCAGAAACUGGUUGUUGCUGUUGAUGUUGAUGAAGUGUUAGGAAACUUUGUGUCAGCUCUAAACAAGUUCAUAGCUGAUCGGUACUCAUCAAAUCAUUCAGUUUCUGAGUAUCAUGUGUACGAGUUCUUCAAGAUAUGGAACUGUUCACGUGAUGAAGCUAAUAACCGUGUUCAUGAGUUUUUUAACACACCAUACUUCAAGUCGGGGAUCCACCCCAUCCCAGGCGCUCAGGUGGCCCUGCAGAAUUUAUCAAGAUUUUGUAACCUAUCAAUUGUAACAUCUCGGCAGAAUGCAAUCAAGGACCACACAAUCGAGUGGAUAGAUAAGAAUUUUUCAGGGUUGUUUCAGGAGAUUCACUUCGGAAACCACUUUGCUCUUGAUGGGGCGUCAAGACCAAAGUCAGAGAUUUGUAGGUCUUUAAAUGCUAAGGUUCUUAUUGAUGACAACCCCAGAUAUGCCAUAGAGUGCGCUGAAGUUGGAAUUAGAGUUCUACUUUUUGACUAUGAAAACUCCUAUCCUUGGUGCAAGACUGAGUUUGCUGACCAGCAUCCUCUAGUGAAGAGAGUUAAGAACUGGGAAGAAGUUGAACAACAAUUGAUGUCAUUGGUAGUUUCAUAGUUAGCACUAGAUCCUGCAGCAGGAUUUGUUAAAAUACUCUUUUUAGAUGAAGUACUGGACUAUAUUUCUUGUCUGAAAUAUUUAGCAUUCAUGAAAAAGAGAUUAGGUCUAGGCAGAAAAAAUAUAACUUAGCCGAUUAUGUUAUUUCCCCAUUUUGAGCAGUAACAAAAGUUGUUCAUUAUGCCAAAACAUGUUGGCUAUUUACAAUGUUCUAUGGUGUUGGAUCUUACAAUAGUAGAAUUCUUUUCUGGGUUGGGUUAUUUGGUUAUAUGUGGAUCAAAUGUAGGAGGAAUUGGUUAUGUGGAUCACAUUUCAUCAUUGUGUCAGGAGCAGAGUUUUUGGGAAGGUUAUUUAGAUUUUAAGUCCUUUCCAAUGGUUUGGCUUGUAGUUUUUAAUUGUUUUAUUUCUAAUUAUUAAGCUAUUCUUCACAUAAUCAACUCUUGUUUGACC